CCGGGCUGUGCCUUGAGUCCCCGAAGGCCUCCUCGCUGCAGGAUGACCGGUUCCCCCCAGCUCCCGGCCACCCCAGGGCACAAUCAGGCUCAGGGCGGCGCCCUCUGGGUGGUCACGUUGAGAUCCUGACAUCCUUAGGGCUGCUCAGAGGACCAAGCAGCUACUAUGUCUCCCGGGGUAGGGGGGUGGGGGGAUCUGUUUGAGGAGGUCACCCUGGAGACCAGGCGCAGAGCACAAGGGGAGUGCGCGGGCGGCCGCAGGCAGAGGGAAACCCUGGAGGACGGAGCCCCGUUCUGAGCCGCCGGCUCCCGCAGUGAGCAAGCGGGAGGUCUACGGGGCCCCCAGCGGAGCACCGUGUCAGUCCCAGCGCUGCUGUAGAAGUUAUUUUCCCGAGGUUAUGAUGAUGUCAGACAUUGCUAAAGACAGAAUGACUCAUUCAGUAAGGAAAAGAGGGAGUGUGUCUUCUCUAAGUGGUCGUGAAUUCCGGCAGAAGGAACUUCAUGGGUACACCAAAAACUCCAGGAGUACUGUGUGUUAUACGGAUGAACCUAGCCAGGGUGACGAGGCCUCUCGCCUUACAGUUCAGAUGGAAAACACCUAUCAGUUGGGUCCCACCCAACAUUUUCCUGUGGUCAUUGUCAAUCAAAUCCUGAAAGAUGUGUUAACUAACUAUCUGCAAGAAGAACAAUAUGAACCAGAACUCUGUAGACAAAUGGCUAAAACAAUUUCUGAGGUUAUUAAAACCCAGGUCAAGGACCUGAUGAUUCCACGGUACAAGCUAAUUGUAAUUGUUCACAUCGGACAACGGAAGAGUGAGAGCAUUCUUAUUGGAAGCAGGUGCCUCUGGGAUCCUAAAAGUGACACCUUUUCAUCUUCUGUUUUCAGAAAUUCUUCUCUCUUUGCUCUUGCAAGCGUCUAUGCAGUUUACUUCGAGUGACUGAAAAUAAAUCAGUUCUUACUUUUUAAAAUCAAAAUAGACCAUAUCUAUGUACACGAAAGCUUUACUGCCCAAAAGUUUGAGAAAGAAACAACACUAAUAUUUCAAACAAUUGGAAUUUUUGGACUUUUUUAUGCUCCUCUAAGAACUGAGGGAGGGAAGGGAGGCACAGGAAAGACUCUUGUUUAUCCAGAGGAGGAACUAAGUCUUGGUUCUGCUGGACUGUUCCUCAUAAACAUGGAUUCUUACUUUUGGUACUAAUUAUUUUAAUUGCUCUUUGUAGCGAGAAUUAAAAUUCCCUGUGUUGUUUUUGAUGAAGAGAAGUUAAAAACAAACAAACAUGGCUAUAUACCCUGACCAAUAAAGGGCAGAAGAAUAUUCAACAUAGUAUACAAAUGAUACACGUGAAUGUGUCUCAGUGCUGCAUAUAAAAGAAUACUGGUUUUCAUUUCGUGCUUAAUAAAUUGAGCAGCAUUCAUUAACUGCAAUUAUUGUUACAUGUACCUGACAGUUGAAACUGCUGAGGUAGAAUUAAUGAUUUCAUAACAAUUAUCGUCGUCCCACGGGGCUGCUCUAGCUAAAACUAGAAGCUCUUGUGGGUUGCCUGCACUUUACAAAACUGUGGGAGAACUGAAUGUCGGCUCUCCAGUAAUGGAAACUAUAAAGUGAACAAAGGCUUUUAGGGCACUGCAAUAGACAUUGCCGUAUUAAAUAUACAUGAUGUUUAAUAGGAAAUGUAUCUGUAACACUUAAAAUCAUCUAUUGGAAAGAGACACCGCUUUUAAAUAAACACUCUUUAAAUAGGUUUUCCUUGGCUAACAAACUUUUUACAUUAAAUAUAUAGCUGGCAGCUUAACAAAUAAAACAUGUGUAUUUACUAUUUUGUUCCUAUGAAUUUAGUGCAAAAGUGACCCAGUGCAGCUUUGAAUGGAUGGCGCUAAAAUUUACAGGGGGCUGAAAUAGCUUAUUAUUCUGCCGGUUAAUGUAGCUUGUCCCAUGGAUCAUUUAUUUUUACAGAGCUUUCAACCCUUUGUGUGCAUAUGAAAUGAUGCUGAGACAUUGUUCCCGGAUGGUGAGUGAACUGCCCAGAGGACAUUUGUUAAAGGUCAAAGACCAAUUGUACACAUGUGGAGAAAAUUAGAAACGCUGUAG